AACGGCAAGGCUGCUCGCGCCAGUGCCACUCCAACACAGCGCGCCACACCGAGAGGCACGAGAGAGAGCGAGAGAGAGAGCUGCGAGCUGAAGGAAUGACGCGAUGGUAGGAAUUUAACGCGUCUGAUUUCGCGUCGAAUUCGGUUUCCGAAGUGAAUCUUUUUUUUAUUUUGGGCUCUCCGAGUGAACCGUGGACCAGGAGAGUGUGGAGAUGUCCGUGUCCAAAGCGAGAUGUUUCAGCGCCCUGCUUCUUCUGUUGAGCCAAAUGGUUACUGCAGCAGAACCUUUUGUCCGAGGCUCCAAACGACUCCCAGAGGACAUCGACUGGUCCUACUCAGGCACGCUCAACCAGGGCCGGUGGGGCCAGCGGUUCCCGUCCUGCCUCAGUGCCAGGCAGUCCCCGGUGGACAUCGACGAGACCUUCACCCAGGUGCGGCUGCAGUACCAGGGCCUGCAGCUGGAGGGAUGGGGGCACCCCACCAGCGACUCCACCACCGUUCACAACGACGGGAAGACCGUGACGCUUGGCGUGGACGGGGAGUUCUACGUGAGUGGAGGGGGUCUGACGGGCCGGUUCCGUGUCGGUUCGAUCUCCUUCCACUGGGGGCGCUGUAACGCCAGCUCGGAGGGCUCUGAACACAGCCUGAACGGAAUGAAGUACCCCCUGGAGAUGCAGAUCUACUGCUACGACCCGGAGCAGUACGAGAGCCUGGACCACGCAGUGAGGGAGGGGGGGGGGGUCGCCGCCCUGGCCGUCCUCUUCGAGACCACCCUGGAAGACAACGAGAGCCUUCGUCCAGUCAUAGACGCCGUCAACGCCGUCAGCCGGUUUGGUAAGAGGGCUACGGUGGACCCCUUCACCCUGAGAGACCUUCUCCCCACCAACACGGACAAGUACUACAUCUACAACGGCUCGCUCACCUGGCCGCCCUGCUCGGAGACCGUGGAGUGGAUCGUGUUCAAACACCCCGCCGCCAUCUCUGAGACGCAGCUGGAGGUGUUCUGCGAGGUGAUGACCAUGGAGCAGGCGGGCUACGUCAUGCUGACCGACUACCUCCAGAACAACUUCCGGGUGCAGCAGCAGCAGUUCAUGGGCCAGGUGUUCUCGUCCUACACCGGGGUGGAGGAGGUCCAGACGCCCAUGUGCAGCUCAGAGCCGGUCAACGUGCAGGCGGACCCCCAGAACGACACCACCAUCGUGGUGACGUGGGAGCGGCCAAGGGCGGUGUACGACACCACCAUCGACUGGUACACCGUCAGCUACCAGAGCCUGCAGGGGGGCCCCGCCGCGCCCCACCUCCAGUACCGCACCGACGGGGACCAGGACGUGGCCGCCAUCAUCUCCAGCCUGCUGUCCAACAGCAGCUACGUGGUGCAGGUGGUGGCGGUCUGCACCAACCGGCUCACGGGACGGCCCAGCGACCUGAUCAUAGUGGACAUGCCUCUGGAGGACCCCGAGAGCGACUCUGGACCCGACAGCGGUUCGGAGGCCGACGACAACCUGCAGGUCCUGUCCCAGUCCAAGUGGCAGACUAAGGCGGCGGAGCAGCCGAACAACGUGGACCUGUCCCCGGAGGAGGCCGAGAGCCCGGGGGAGGAGGUUCCCCCGGAGCAGACGGUGGUCUACCAGAACCACCCCACGGACCAACAGGACCGGGACCGGGACGGGUCCCAGGACCGGGACCCGAGCCGGAACCUCCCCGUCCCGCUGAGCACCCCCUCGGACCCCGAGGUUCUGGCGGAGAGCGAGCCGGACCCUCCGAAAACCACGCGGACCAAACCGGAGCAGACCGGAUCCAAGCAGAAGGAUGUGGCCGGUUCGGACAGGAAGUGGACGGACGAGAACCCGAGGACCCCCGUGCAGCGGCCGUACACAAGGCCAGCCGCCUCCGGGAACGGCGCCAUCUGGGUCGGCAUGGUGACGGAGCAGCCCGGCUUCCUGUUUCCCGCCUCGAAGACCACCCCGCCGCCGGCCCACCGGCGAAUCACAGAAGAGGCUUCUCUCUCCAUGGGGCCGGAUGAGAGUGCGGCCGAACCGGCCACCAGGAAUGACCUCCCGACCCCUGAGCCUGACCCCUACACCCCACCCCUGGAGGACUUCCAGGUCACAGACGUCUACUACGAGGACACUGACGACGACCUGCUCGCCGAGACCACCAGCCUGCCUGCUGUGGUCACUACUGGUCAGCCAGAGGCCAGCAGUAACAGCAGCCAUGAGUCCCGGGUGGGGGGGGUCCGGGUGCUGGAGCGGGAGCGGCGAACAGUCGUCCCCCUGGCGGUGGUUUCCUCCCUCACCAUCCUCUGUCUGCUGGUGCUGGUGGGCAUCCUCAUCUACUGGAGGAACUGCUUUCAGACGGCCAACUUCUACUCAGAGGACAACAUGCUGCCUAAAGCCACGUCCGUCCCAUCCACACCUGUGAUCCUGGCUACAGAUGGCCACGAGCCAAUGACGGUGAAGCAGUUUGUGAAGCACGUGCUAGAGCUCCACGCCUCCAACACCUUCCCCCAGGAGUUUGAGAUUGUCACCCAGGCCUACGAGGAGGUGCAGGCGUGCACAGUGGAGAUGGGCAUUAGCACUGAGAGCUCCAACCAUCCAGACAACCGCAGCAAGAACCGUUACAUCAACAUACUGGCCUACGACCACAGCCGAGUGAAGCUGUGCAGCGGUCAGGACCGAGACGGCCGGGCCGGGGAUUACAUCAACGCCAACUUUAUCGACGGCUGCGAGCGGAGCCGGGCCUACAUCGCCGCCCAGGGGCCGCUGAGAUCGGGCCGGGAGGACUUCUGGAGGAUGGUCCUGCAGCAGAACAUCGGCGUGGUCGUCAUGAUCACCAACCUCAAGGAGAAGGGCCGGACCAAGUGUGAGCAGUACUGGCCGGAGGAGAACCAGGAGGAGUACGGGCCCUACCAGGUGACCCUGAGGAGCACCCAGACCCUGGCCUACUACACCGUCAGGACCCUGGGGGUCAGGGACACCGGCGCUAAGGUGUGUCAGAAGGGCAUGUCCGAGCACACGGUGGUCCAGUUCCACUACACCCAGUGGCCGGACAUGGGGGUCCCGGAGUACAACCUGCCCGUCCUCUCCUUCAUCAGGGCCUCCGCUGGGGCCCGCACCAAGGACAUGGGGCCCCUCCUGGUGCACUGCAGUGCUGGGGUGGGCCGGACCGGGGCCUACAUCGUGAUUGACAGCAUGCUGCAGCAGAUCCAGGACCAGGGGACGGUCAACGUGCUGGGCUUCCUGAAGCACGUCAGGACCCAGCGCAACUUCCUGGUGCAGACCCAGGAGCAGUAUGUGUUUAUCCACGAUGCUCUGGUCGAGGCCAUCCUGAGCAGAGAGACCCUGGUGACCUCUGACCUCCUGCACGCCUACGUGUCGCGGCUUCUGAUCCCGGGGCCCGCGGGCCGCACGCGCAUGGACAAGCAGUUCAAGCUGAUCAGCCAACGCCAGGCCCGACACGCAGACUACAGCACGGCCCUGAAGGACGAGAACGCAGACAAGAACAGAGCCAGGGCCCUGAUGCCUGUGGAGCGCUCCAGAGUGUGUCUGACGGCGUCCGAGUCCAACGCCACGGGCUACAUCAACGCCUCCUACGUCAUGGGCCGGUACCACAGUAAGGAGUUCAUCGUGGGCCAAGACCCUCUGAGCAGCACCGUGGCCGACUUCUGGACCAUGAUCUGGGAGCACAGCGCGCACACGGUGGUCUCCCUACCGGACCCCCAUUCAGUGGUCUCUGUACCGGACCCCUACACCCAGGGGGAUGGGGAGGUAGCCUGUGUCUAUUGGCCAAUUAAGGACCAGCCAAUGAGCUUUGAGGGUCUCAUUGUGUCGUUCUCGCGGGAGGAGCAUUUAUCUCUGACCAACGACGAGAAGAUUCUAGUCCAGGACUUUAUACUGGAGUCCUCACAGAGCGACGGCGUGCUGGAGGUGAGGCGCUACAGCGCCACCUGCUGGCCCAAUCCCGACGGACCAAUCAGGAGCAGCUUUGAGCUGGUGGCCGCCGUCCGGGAGCACAGCGCCAACACGGCCGGGCCCACCGUGGUGCACGACCCGCUGGGGGGCCCCACCUCGGGGCUGUUCUGCGCCCUGUCCUCGCUGUCCUCCCAGCUGGAGGAGGACGCCGCGGUGGACGUGUACACCGCCGCCCGCAUGACCAACCUGAGGAGGCCGGGGGUCUUCAACGACCUGGAGGGCUACCAGUUCCUGUACCGCUCCGUGCUGAGCCUGGUCAGCAGCCAGGAGGACCAGAAGACCCUCCGCUCCCCCGAGACCAACGGCUCCCUGCCGCUGGGGACCACCGCCAGCAUGGCCGAGAGCCUGGAGUCCCUGAUGUAGAGCCUGGAGUAGAGCCUGGAGUAGAGACUGGAGUCCCUGAUGUAGAGCCUGGAGUCCCUGAUGUAGAGCCCGGAGUCCCUGAUGUAGAGCCUGGAGUAGAGCCUGGAGUUCCUGAUGUAGAGCCUGGAGUCCCUGAUAUAGAGCCUGGAGUCCACGAUGCAGAGCCUGGAGUAGAGCCUGGAGCUCCUGAUGUAGAGCCUGUAGUCCCUGAUGUAGAGCUUGGAGUCCCUGAUGUUGAGCCUGAAGUCCAUGAUAUAGAGCCUGGAGUAGAGCCUGAAGUCCCUGAUGUAGAGCCUGGAGUCCACGAUGUAGAGCCUGGAGUAGAGCCUGGAGCUCCUGAUGUAGAGCCUGGAGCUCCUGAUAUAGAGCCUGGAGUACCUGAUGCAGUUCCAGGCGGAGCUCCACUACUUAUAGAGGAGGAGCGCUGAUCAUCAAACAGGUUAAAGCUGCUGUAGGUAAGAGUGGACAGUUGGGAAGAGAGAGAGAACGGAAAAGAGCGGAAGAGUGAGGUUCUGAAAAUAGACGCCCUCUCUCUGCUCCCUCCCUAUAGAUUUACGCCAAUGAGGGAUGUUGUGUUUCACACACCUGUGAUUGACAGGCAAGAUGAACUCACCGCACCAAUCAAGGAAGAGAUGCCCUGAUUGGUCAGAAAUUAGGGGAAAUGGUCUAAAAUGUAGGUCUCGUUCAGAGGCCGACAAAGUCAACAAGUACCGAUAUUCUCACCAAGCCUUUCAGUCCCUAACAGCUGACGGUUGGCUAGGCCACUUUAAAAAAAUUAUUCUGAUAAUAUCACCUCUUAGGUCUUACCUACAGCACUUUUCAUAAGUACGCUCACACGCACAAUCGCGGUACCUACGCAUGCUAUGUCUGGGGACGAUGCAUGUUUACAUAUAACAGAUACAAUUAUACUAGGAAUUAUUUGAUUAAACUAAGCAUUAGUUGAAAAACGUAUUCAACUUGGCAGCACAGUGAGCAUCCUAAGGGCAAUGAGCUGCUGGCUAGCAUGAGGAGGCUAAACCACGCAGCUAGGUUACAUUUGCCUUUAAAUGAACCAUCGCUAUCGUUGGUGGGAAUUAUUAUUCAUAUUAUUAGUAUUGUUAUGCUUUUGACUGUUAUGUUUGAGCAGUUUAGCUGCUCGGCCUACGCAUAAUAAUAUCAAUAAUACCAAUACAUAAUAAUAAUAGUUAUAAUAUUAAUAAUAAUGAUGAUAAUAAUAAUACUAGAUAGGGGACUAAACAAAGAAUAGUUUUAGCUUGAGUUACAAUUAUUGAAAUAAGUGAACCAAAGAAAAAAAAAGUAUUUUAAAGGGGUAUUACGGCAUCUAUGCGAAAACCUAUAGCGACCCUGCCGAGGUAGAACCCAGGGGGGUUCUGGGAAACGGUCGGUUGCGUCAGGCACAGCCCAUUGUCCACUGUGCCUUCCCCAUCUCACCUCCACACACCUCGAGUGGUUUGAAGUUCGCGCAAGAAAAACUGCAACUAUAAGCCCACUAGAUUACAGAGCUGCGAUGUUUUGGCCGCUGACUGUUUCGCUGUAACUUUGUUAUUUCUGAGAUUAGAUUUUUUUCGAUGUUACGGCUAAUGCAUCUUAAAAAAAUAACCGUAGAGCUGAGCAAAAGCGUACAGAUACGAUUAAACGAGAAAUCACCUGCAAACUGUGAAUGCUCUCGAAGCGUGUAAUAUUCAAUUUAUUGUCGUACACGACCGGGAAAUAAAUGAGUCGCCAAAUGUUGUGGUCACUGAAUUUAUACUAAGCCAUCGUUGUAAAUAAGAUAAGUUACAUGGACAGCCAUAGAGACAGCAUUCCUCCCUGCGACCGGUUUAAUCUAGGACCCGAUUUCUCGGUCCGUCCGUUGUUGUUUUACUGUUUUCGUCUGUGAUUUUACAAACGAACUGUUUGUACGUUUUGUUGGAGAAAUCCUAUAGUUUUACGAGAAUGCUUUUGGGAAUGCUUUGUAUUUACUGAUCCUAUGUUUCUAUGUUUCGAUUAAGCGGUACAUUUUUGGUCAGAAAGCCUUUUUAACGAUUCUGUGUGUGAAAGGAAGGUCCGAUAUAACAUUUGUGUAAAUAACCCUGGAUCUAUGGGGAGGCCAAACUUCUGUUUAUAUACUAGCUACUAUAUUUCUAUUUUAAUACGAAGAUGAUUUUUUAGUCAUUUACAACGAUAUAUAUAUAACAGUGUUUUAUAAUUUUAGCCUAUCAAAUAUUGAUUAUAUGAUAUAAACAAUUGAAUUAUCCUUUUUUUUCUAUGUGUUUUGAACACAGGAGAACUUUAAUGUGUCUCUUGUCAAACUAUGAAAAGGCACGGUAUGUUUAUAGUGACCAAUGGGAACAAUAUUUUAAGCAAUUGAAUAAAAAAAAAGUAAUA